AUGGAGAAGAUACACAUUUCUGAUGAUGAUAGAAUUAUAUUUGCAAAAUUGACGAUACCCGCGGAACCAGACCUGUUGCCCAUCUAUGUGCUCAACAUCUAUGCGCCUGCGGAUUCAUCUCAGAACAGAGCCAUUUUCUACAACAGCCUUAUGAACUACAUCAAGUCUCUUGAUUCAUACGGUGACAUAUUGGAGCGUUUGAUUUUGGCGGGCGAUUCCAACUUUCAAUACGACCUUCGUUUGCCCAAUAACGCACCCACCAAACGACCAGCAGCAUUUGUCUUGUUUACGGAUACCUUCCUUCAUGAUUGUAACAACAUUUAUAGUGACUCCCUCUUUGAAACUCUUCCAACCUUUCGACGGGGCAAGGUCAUUAAAACGCUUGACUACAUCAUGGUGGGCCGCCAGCUGAAGGAUCUCUACUUUGACAAUGACAUUGAGCACGUCUCUUCGGUGUGGACUGACCAUGCUUUACUGACCAUCAAGCUGCGUCUUCAACUCAACAACACGGACAAAGGGUUAUGGCGGGCCAACCCCAACCUGGUGCACUGCAAGUUUUAUGUGAAGAAGAUCAAUUCUGGUAUCAGCCACUUCAUGCAGACCGUCCUUGCUAACUCCUCAGAUAGCAAUCAGAUCAAAUGGGACCGUUUGAAGGGCUACAUCCGAAAAUUGGCUAAAGCUUACUGCAGUAACCGUGCCUCCUGGAGGAAACAGCGUCUCAAAGAUCUCCAAAGCUCUCGGAAUCAGCUUAUCCGUCAGUUAAAAGGUGAUCAGGAAGUAUUGCAGCAGGAACUCCCCAAGGUUGAGAAACCUAUUGCUCAGUUGGAACAUGAAAUUGCCCUCAAUGCCACUCUCAAAGCGGGUAGACUUUGGCUAGACAACAACAAACACUCGGUCGGCUUCUUGAAGAAGACGGAUGAAAGGCGUCUUGCUCAACGGACAAUGGACACUAUCACUUAUCCAACGACAGAAGCUCCCUGUACUACUACAGCGGAUAAGCUGGAAGCGGUGCGCGCCUAUUAUGAUGUCUUGUAUUCUCCCGAGCCAUCCCACCGGUACUCGAUGGACAAACUGCUCAGUGGUAUUCAGAAUACCAUAUCCGUUGAUGACGCUGAAUACAUUAUAUCCUCCAUUAACAUGGAUGACAUUCUGAAAUCAGCUCGCCGGUGUCCGAAGGUCAGUAGCCCAGGCAGAGAUGGCCUUCCGUAUCCCAUUCUACAUCUGGCUAUGGCUCAUCCUGCCUGCAAAGAACUCGUCCUCGCUGUGUACAAUGAUGCCCAUAACCUUGGUGUGUUCCCACCUUCCUGGCAGGAGACGUGCAUCGUCCUCUUACCUAGGAAGGGUGAUCUGUGGAACUUGGCAAACUGGCGUCCGAUUUCACUUAUCAAUACUGAUUGCAAGGUAUUCACCAGGAUCUUGAACUCAAGGGUCAUUGGAGCGGCCAACAAGGUCAUCACUGGACAUCAAGCAGGCUUCAUGCCUACACGAUUUAUUGGUGACCACGGUCUGGCUCUGAGACUCCUCAUGGAGGACGCCCAAUUACAUUCUAAUUGUGCUAUUGGUGUUGCAAUUGACAGUGCCAAGGCUUACGAUUAUGUAAACGAACAGUAUAUUUGCAAGAUGCUCCAGAAGUUUGGUUUCCCCUCUACAUUCAUUACCAGUGUUCGUAAUCUGUUCUUUAAGACCAAGAUUGCGAUCAAUGUGAAUGGGUUUAUGACGGAACCAGUGUCUCAAAAGCAUGGGCUUCGUCAGGGCGACUCCAUCUCCCCUGUGCUGUUUAACUUUGCUCUGGAACCUCUUCUGCUGGCUAUUCUGAACGAUGAGAAAAUCAAGGGAUACUCUAUCCAUACUGCUGCCGACCCUCGGGUAGAUGUAAACCGACUCACCGUGGCCUCUUUUCUUCAAACAAAAAUGCCCAGUGCAGCUCGUAAUCUUUGGUUCCGGUUGAUUCAUAAUAAGGUCUCUUCCAAAGUCAAUGUGUACAAGAUCUUCAAGCUACCAGAUGAUCUUUGCGUGUAUUGUGGCUACCGUGAGACUACCACUCACAUGCUCUUUACUUGCCCUGCCAAUUGGGACAUUUGGACCAAUUACUUUGCCCUGCUUUUUGUGCCUCUUGGGCCACUUGAUAUGAGCCAAGUUGCUACGGAUGUCCUCUCCCUGGACCUCACCUCGUACUGCCUCUUGGAUUCAUUCCUCAAGGUGUCCACGUUUGAAGCCGUAACCUGUGUUAUCACAGCUAUUUGGCGCGCCAAAUGGCGUGAUCAUUAUAAUAGCGUUGGUUUUGACAAUCAGUCCGUAAUGGACCGUGCCAUGAUCAACUUGCGUAGAAUAUCCUCUCUCAACUUGUUAAGCUAA